AUGUCUCAGUCUCAGAGCAGCAGCGUUGCGCUGGCAGUCUUGUUCCAGGACAUCGUACCACCCAUGAUUAACGGUGCUCGAAAGCCCAAAAAACCCAAUGGUUAUAAGGAUUCUGGAGCUGACAUUGCCUAUACAUUGCAGCAGAAGGGUAUCAAGGUGUUGACACCAAAGAGCAGCCCAGAUCCUCUCUCGGACGCUGAUUGGUGUUUCCCCGAUACAGAAGACGGGAUUUUGGCUGCGGUUCGACAGGGUGCUACGCAUCUGUGGGCGAAUACAAUAUUAUUCACUGCACACCCGUUGCAGAACUCAGCCGAAUUACGGCCAUAUGGCUCUCAAAUACACAUUAUUGGUCAACCGCCCAGACUAGUGGAAAGGUUCGAUGACAAGGCCUACCUCAAUGACAGGCUACGGGAUCUAGAAUCUUAUACCCUGCCUAGAUCGUGGCUAGUUCAGCCUGAGAAUCUUGACCUUCUCAAUGAAUCCAUCGAAAAAUAUCCUGUAGUUGCCAAACCCGUUCGCGGCCGUGGAAGCUAUGGUGUUAAAGUUUGCCAUGACCAGACUGCACUGCAAGACCAUGUUGCUGGACUUCUGCAAGAGUCACCCACAGUAAUGAUCGAGGACUAUCUUGCCGGGGAAGAGGCCACCAUUACUGUGAUGUCCCCUUCGCCAGAGCGACCGGAAUAUUGGUGCUUGCCACCAGUCACCCGGUUCAAUCAUUUUGAAGGAGUCGCGCCAUAUAACGGCGUGGUUGCAGUCACAGCAAACUCCCGGAUUGUCAGAGACGAGGAACUGGCGAAGGACUCUAGUUAUCAAGCGAUCAUGGACGAGUGUCAACGAGUGGCAGAGUUGAUUCAAGCCAAAGCUCCAAUCCGAAUAGACGUUAGGCGGUUCUCCGAGGGUUCCAAAUUUGCCAUUUUCGACAUCAACAUGAAGCCAGUAAGGCGUGGUCGACCUGGCCGAGAAGAUCAGGACAGUCUCACUGCUAUGGCCGCUGCUGCGAUAGGCUGGGACUACGGAACCUUGCUGCAAAAGAUCCUCGAUGCUUCUCAAACUCUAUCAUCUUUCCGUGAAUACCACAGCUCUAUUUAG